AUGCCCAGCUUCCUUAUCCUAUUUCGACUGGGUUUCCUUGAACCCGGUUGUGGGGCAACCAUAUUGAUCAUCCCCAUGGUUGCUGCGUCCACUUGCCCAUUGCCACGCUUGCACACAUGCACGGAAAUCCCACUUUUCUGGCCAACGCUCUGGCUCUUGGCCACGUCGACUCCGGACACACACACCCGGCUUCCCUUCACACAUGAACAGGCCUUCUGCACACACUCAGGCACACGAAUGGCACUGUUCAACUGUCAGUUUACAGCUCCAAGGUCUUCUGGUUAUUGCCUUUUUAAAGCCCUGCCCUGUCCUGCCCUGCCCUGCCAACCUCUCCUACCGAUUGUCCAGCCUCCUUCUAUCCCUUUCAGGGCACCACCCACUCAGACGGCCAACAGUCUCGUUGCUACCUCGGCGCUCGACCAUGUCUUGUCGGAACUGGUGAACAAAAACCGGGUAAGACGACGGCUGAUACAAUUAUCUUGCCGGGCGAGGGUUGAGUGUGCACAGAGAAUCGAUCGUUGCUGUGGUUUCCAGCCUAACCGGGCUUCUCCAAGGCGCCCAAAACAAUCACAGGCUGGGCGGCAGGUUGGCCGAGGGAAGGGAAUACCAGCAAAUGUACCAAAAUGA